CCUAGCGGCUGACCGGUCCCUUCUCUCCCAUAUUGAAGUGCCAUGCGUGUGCCCCACGUGAAGUGCGCUCCGUGAAUUCCGGACUUCUUAAUACGUGUAACCAAACUAGCUCGCCAGGAUGAGUACGGUACUCGAAAAAAUAGCGGCCAUCGAGGCCGAGAUGGCCCGGACGCAACGAAACAAGGCAACUAUGGGUCAUUUAGGUCUUCUUAAAGCUCGACUAGCCAAGCUUCGGCGCGAGCUUAUAACGCCCAAGGGUGGAGGCGGUGGACCUGGUGAAGGUUUCGACGUUGCCAAGACUGGUGAUGCUAGGAUAGGGUUUGUAGGGUUCCCAUCUGUGGGCAAGUCUACGCUCAUGAACACGCUGGCGGGUGUUUUCUCCGAGGUGGCUGCCUACGAGUUCACCACGCUGACCACCGUGCCAGGUGUCAUCAAGUAUAAGGGGGCCAAGAUUCAGCUGCUUGACCUGCCGGGAAUCAUAGAAGGAGCCAAGGAUGGAAAGGGCCGAGGUCGACAGGUCAUCGCUGUGGCCCGUACCUGCAGUCUCAUUUUCAUUGUGCUGGACGUGCUGAAGCCCCUGCAGCACAAGCGCAUCUUGGAGCGAGAGGUGGAAGGAUUCGGCAUCCGACUCAACAAGGAGCCUCCGGCGAUCUCGCUCCGAAAAAAGGACAAAGGUGGCAUUAACCUGCAGAUGAUGGUGCCCCAGUCGGAGCUGGACAUGGACACCGUGAAAACUAUUUUGUCUGAAUACAAGAUCCACAAUGCUGACAUCACGCUACGGUGUGACGCUACUUCAGAUGACCUGAUUGACGUGAUUGAAGGGAAUCGCAUCUACAUCCCGUGUAUCUAUGUGCUUAACAAGAUUGACCAGAUUUCUAUCGAAGAACUGGACAUUAUCUACAAGAUCCCACAUUGUGUUCCCAUCUCUGCUCACCAUAAAUGGAAUUUCGAUGACCUUCUGGAAAAGGCCUGGUCUUACCUGAAGCUUAUACGGAUAUACACAAAACCAAAAGGCCAGCUGCCAGACUACGAAGCGCCAGUUAUUCUCAGCCAGGAGAGAAGGACAGUGGAAGAUUUCUGCAACAAGCUGCAUCGUACCAUUAUGAAAGAGUUCAAAUGUGCCUUGGUAUGGGGUUCCUCGGUGAAGCACAAUCCACAGAAAGUAGGCAAAGAGCACAUACUAAAUGAUGAAGACGUCGUCCAAGUGGUAAAGAGGGUAUGACAGGGAUGCCACCAAGAUGGGCGUCUGGAGGUGUGCUGGUUCGUGAUACAGAAGAGCUUGCAAUGCACUUUGGCAGUGGCAGUGUCACGCUUUUCAAGCUCCAGAGAACUGCUGAUGUACAUAUAUGACACAGUCACAAUUGUGCCCGGAUGAAUGACAUGGCUGCUCCUGCCUUUACUACGACUAGUACUUGCUGUGGCUCACACAGUGAAAGGGAAGCGUACCACAAGAAACUGUUCUCAAUUUACACAGUGAAAGGGAGGCAUACCACAAGAAACUGUUCUCGAUUUUUAGAACACCUAACAAUGUUGCAAACAGUAGUUCGUAAGAAUUUGUCUGGCAGGAUUGUUUUCAGUGUGUUUACAGCAGAUUCAGUCAAAUCGCUUGCACGUGCUGGACUAGUCCUAGAGAGGAACUGUACUUUGUUUUUUGUUUCUGCAGUGCAUGUUGGUGGAAUCCGCAUGUUGCCAUUUGUUUCGUUCAGUGCAGACUUUGUGCGAAAUGAAUUGAUAGCACUCCUCGCACUUCCAAGAGAGGUAGCGUAGGCUCCAUGCUAAAGGUGGCAAGCUUAUUCUAAACAAGCCAGUGAUAUGGUGUGAACCAGUUCACAAUUCGUGAGAUGAACUGAACGGACCUGGCAUGUGCACCAGUAUGAAAGGGAACACAAUGUUUGCAUUCAUCGUCCGCAACUUUUCUAGCCCUUCCUCUGAAAUUGGGAAAAAUGCCACAGGGCAGGUUAUUUGUAACUACUGUUGCUGGUAGCAGAAACCAAGGUUUGAGCCUUGCUUGACUGCAGGAAUCAUUGUUUGAACACUGAUUGUUUCAUUUCCUCUCUUAGCACAGUGCAGGGCCUAUCACAAAAAAAAAAAAAGUGAAGGCCAGCUGGCUAUUGCCAACAACGGCUGACUGGCCUCAACUGUCUUGCAAAAGGCUGUACUUCUUAUUUCUGGCCACUGUGUAGAAGAUACAAAGCAUGUAACACUAUUGUGUUGCACGACCCUUCCUUUUUUAUUAUUAUUACUUUUUAUUUUUUUUGGCCAUUGAGCACCAGAAAAAAUUGCAGUAUUGGUGCUGUGGUGUCGGAUGUCUGCCGCCAGGUAGCAGCACUGUCUAAAGGAAUCUAGUAAAUGACCAUUUUGUUUAAGAUUGCAUACAAAGACUCACCUAAAGUGGUGGGGAUAUUGGGGUAAACUCGGCAGGCAAGCAAGCAGUCUUUUGAACUGACCUGUAUGCUUUCUGGUGCGAGUAUGGGAGCAAUAAUAGGUGCAGAUUUCAUGACAAGUGUUGUCGGAAACUUCAGCAGGCUUGUUUACGAUGUUCAUUAAGUAUUGCAGGGCCUCUUUAAUGGUGGUGCUGGUCAAUCAGCCAAACUCAAAAAUGUUGAGCACAUAUUGUCCUGUCAAUUGCAAGCCACAUUGUGGCAGACACCACAUUUGAUGUCUAUCCUUUAUGCGAUAUAAUCUGCGCUGCUUGGUUAUUCGCUGCAGUGCUGUUACAUUGGCAUUCUGACUUUCGAAUAAGCUUGCAUAUUGCUGGGAGAAACCGUUUACACAUUUUGCACAGUUUCUAUGAAAAUAUCAACGGCAUGAAGUUUGAUCAUGUUUCAUUGUCAGACAAACAGGGACAAAGUUCAAAAUGAAAGUGACCUACUCAUCAAGCCUGAUAUAAUGCUACACCGAAGUGUUUCUUUGAAUUUGUGUUCUAUUUUAUACCGUUGAAAACAUAUCAAUAGAGCCCCCCCUCCCCAAAUUGGUUGUAUUAUAAUGUAUACAUUAAGGUAAUGAACAGCCUAUCAAGCAUGUGUUAACCUCGCUGUCACUAAACUGUCACGUUAAAAAAAAAGUUUAGAACCUUGUGGCCUUCUAUCUUGCAUCAAUUAAUAAAUUGGUAAUUUGCACAAUCUU